UAAGCAUUUGGGCGAAUUAAUCGUGCAGUCAACGUCAACCGAGUUUGUAGUUAUCCCUAGCGUCAUUUGUUCGCGAAAAAUGUGGAAUUUAGUUUUUUAAUUGUAAAUUAAGUUUUACUAAAGUUAUGUAAAUUUUUUUAUAUUUAGUGCGCUAUAUAACUAAAAUAGUUUAAGUCCUAAGAAUCUAGGCACAAAUUGACUUAUAAAAAAGUGUUAAAAUACAAAGCCAAAGAUUUAGAGAGAGAAAAAAAAUCGUAAAAGUUUGGACUACUUUGAAAAGCAAACUAUUUAAUUUUUUCUUCCCCCGUUAAAUAAUAACCGCUAAAAUUGUGGAAAAACAGGAGAAAACUCCGAAGCGGAAGAAGAAGGCUGCAGCCAGUAAAAUGUCUGCAGUUUAUUCGCCGCAACAACCGCAGCAGUCUGCGCCCCCAGGUGCUGUACUGCAACCGCCUCAGCCACCAACGCCGACGUCGAUGCAACAACAACAACAACAGCAGCAGCAACCACCGGGUGUUGGUGUUGGCGCCGGCGUUGGCGUUGGAGGAGUGGGGAUGGGUGGUCCCCAAGGAGUGCCAAUGGGUUCCGGUGGUCCAAUACAACGAGGUCCUGCAAUGGUUGGCAGUGGCGGCGGACCGGUAGGGCCUCCAUCUUCAGUUGGUAGUGGGGGAAUGAUGGGCGGUGUUGCACCACCGCCGUCAUCUCAACGCGGUGGUAUGCCGCCAUCGCCGAGCCCAGCACAAAUACAAAAAAUACUUGACGAUAAUUGUGGUCUUAUACAAACAAUUCAAGACUUUCAAACCAUGGGCAAAGCCCAGGAGUGCAUGACAUAUCAUAUGGCACUACACAGAAAUCUCGUUUAUUUGGCUCAACUAGCCGAUCCAACUAUGAACAUUGCUCAGAUAUUGCCGCAUCCACAUGUUCUUCAACAGCAGGCAGCACAACAGCAGGGUCCACAUGGUAUGAUGGGUGCACCACAGCCACCACAACAGGGUGGACCACCGACUGGUGCAAACCAACCACAAAUAGCAGGUAUGCCACCAAUGUCGCAUGCAGAUGGAAAUGUGCAACCUUCAGCAGGAGCUCAAAUGCCGUAUGGUGGUCAACCACCACAAUCGCAUCAAGGAAUGACACCAAACUCUCAACCUCAACAAGGUCCUCCCCAACAAGCAAUUAAUUCUCAACAAGCUGGCCAACAACAACCACAACAAGGCGGUGUUUAUCGCGUGAAUACUACACCUCAAUCAGGCAAUCAACAACCACCAACUGUGUCAAAUGCUGGAACGAAUCAACAACGACCAAGUGUUCAAGCUGGCCAACAGCCGGGUCAAGGGCCACAACAACAGGCCCCCAAUCCCCAACAAGGUCCACCUCCACAACCGCAAUAUCGCGGCAAUUAUCAACAACAACACAGUCAUUAUCCUGGCUAUCCACCACAAAGCCAACCAUCAUACCAACCUCAAGGCGGUUAUCCCUAUGGUCCGCCCGCUCAAGGUUACGGUCCACCGCCGCCAAAUGCACAAGGUGGUUAUCACCAUGCAGGUAUGCCUCCGACAUCAUCAGCAGGUGGUGGUCCACCAGGGCAACAUGGCUACGCCAAUGCCAGUGGCCAGCAAGGUCCUCCAGGCGCUUAUCCACCACCUCCGCCUAACCAGCAAGUUCCACCAGGUCAGCAACCACCUCCUUCUCAAAUGUAUGGUCCACCCACAACUGGGCAAGGACCACCACCACCGCCAAAUCAAUAUGGUCCACCGCAAGGUGGUAACAACGCCCCACCACCAAUGGCAUACGGUGGUUAUGGUGGCCCUCCACCAAGUAGUUAUGGACAAGCGUCGAAUGCAUUGCCCGGAGGUUAUGGCCCACCUCCACAAAAUCCAACACAAUCGCCCUAUCCGCCACAGUCACCAUACCAGCAGGGUGGUGCGCCCGGUGGCUAUCCGGGUCAGACGCCGCAACAGCAACAAACAUCACAGGGUAACAGCGGUGGCUAUAGUUCCUCGCCAAGUCCCGGUCAAACACCGCCACCUCCAACAAAUCAACAAACCCCCAAUUCGGCCAACCCAAAUGGGCCUAAUGCUCCGCCAGCAAGUGUGCAAUCCACUUCUCCAUCAACUGCUUCUGGGAAUAUCGGCGUCAACAGCGGUCCACCAAACCAACAAACACAAUCAACUCAGCAACAACAACAGCAGCAGCAACAACAACAACAACAACAACAACAAUAUGGUAGCCAACAACCUCCAGUUUCUAGUGGACCGCCACAACCACAUGGAUCAGCACCACAGCAACAACAACCAGUAUAUUCAUCAGCAGGUGCACCCACUGGUGGCCCCGCUCCAUAUGGAGCGCCAACACAGCAGCAGCAACAACAACCGCCGGGAUCAAAUGGACCGCCUACGGUGCCACCAAACACAACGGCACCGCCGAAUGGUACUCCCCAGAUGCCCAAUCAGCAGUAUCAACCACCACCGGCCGGUCAACCGUACGGUGCGCCUCCACCACAGGCCUACGGUCCACCACCACCCAGUGGUGGUUAUCCGGGCCAUGGCUAUCAUCAACCGCAGGGCGGCUACGGUGGUAUGCCACAAGGACAAUAUCCCCCCUCACAGGGAUAUCAAGGAUAUAGACCCACUGGUGGACAGAUGCCACCGCCAGGCGCACCACAAGGGCCGCCCACAAAUGCAUAUUCAUACUACGGUAAUCAACCGCCACAAUAAGUGUUUGCCCGACAAGAAGAUUGAAAACGAGGUAGACAGACGUCAACUGUUUAAUACUAUUGCGAAAUUCAUUUCAAUAUAUAUAUGAUAUAUAUAUAUUCCUAGUUAAAUAAGAAAACAAAUCGCAAUUAAUUGGAAAUUUAUAAAAAAAACGGACAAAUUGGAGAGUUAACGGAAUCCUUAGAGACAUUUACAUGCAUGCAUUGGGGGUAUCUUGACCUCAAAAUAGAAAAUUUUGACAUCCACAAUGAACCGAAAACAAAUAGAAGUCUACACAAAUGGCUCUGCUGAACAAAUAUUAACAUGCAUGCAACUCGCUAAAAAUAUUUCGUCAAACUCAACUAGUUUGUAUUAACGAAUCCAGUUAUUUGUGACACUGAAAAUGAAAGAAACUUUUAUAUCUGGACUAAAAUUCUUACAUUUAUUUGAAUUCUUCAUGCUUCCGAUGUGUUAAUAUAGAGCCUUGGAAGAUGAAAUGUAUUAUUGUAGUUCGCAAGUAAAGAAGGACUACACAAAGUGAAUUAGUGAACGCAUGCAAUUUAUAGAAAUUUUCGUUAUUGAAUAUGCCGACAACAAUGCAAUUGACUUUUAUUAUUUAAAGAAAUUAAAAAAAAUAUGUACUAAGUUGCUAGCUUCUGUUUGUCGCCGUUAUCGAGAAAUUUCAUGGAAACUAUACAAAUUUACUUAAAAAUUGUUAAAAUAAAAAAUAAGUAUAAAGAUGUUACAAAAGCGUAGGUCAAAGUAAAUAAACAAUAUACAUAUGUAAUAUUUAAUACUAAUAGUAACCUAUCAAUGGCAAUGUACGCAUUCCCCUUUUAUAUAAUAUUGAUUACGGCAAACAUAUUGAACGGAAUGCAAAUUACGGCAACAUAAAAUUAUUGCGAUGAAUUCAAAUAUGUAACAUUAGACUUAAUCAAUACUAUAUAAUACAACAAGUAGUUUACGUUUGAUUGACAAGCCAUCAGGCGAAAUAAUUUUUUAUUCACAUAUGAUAUCGCUACUAUCCUAAUAAAUAUGUCUAUGUGUAUUCGUCACAUUUAUACAAAAUAGAAUAAUUAAA